AUAAGCACGUCACUUGACGUUGCCCCAACUGGCUCGCUUGAUGAGACGACGUCGAAGGAGGCAGAAUGGUCCAUUUUUGAGAGGUCGGAGGGGGCCAAACCUCUGCGGGUUCACACGCAACGUAGUCUAUCUUGACUCUGUGCGCGCGCUCGUGUGUGUGUGUGUAUGCGUGAGUGCAUGCGUGUCUGAGAGAGCGUGUGGAUGAGUUCAGUGACCCCUCGCGUAGAGACGUUUCCGCCCACAGUAAAGAUGGCGCUUCCCUGGCUGGAGAAUCUUUCGGACUCUUUGGGUUCUUCCGAACCCGCUGUUCGUCUAAUAUUGUCAAUUUUGGUCGGAUAUCCCUUUGCAUUGAUCUACCGGAGUUUCUUGUUCCACCAGUCGGCCACCGUUAUCCACCUGUUCCACACGUUCUCUGGACUGGCUCUUGCCACGUUUAACUUUGCAGGUUCCCAGAUCUAUCACUCGGCAGUAUGCAUCCUUGUGCAGUUCCUGAUGCUGAGGCUCAUGGGAAGGACGGUAACGGCCAUCCUCAGCAGCUUCAGCUUUCAAAUGUUAUACCUGCUGGCAGGCUAUUACUUCACAGCGACGGAGGAGUACGACAUCAAGUGGACGAUGCCUCACUGCGUCCUCACGCUCAAACUGAUUGGUUUGGCAUUUGAUUACUAUGACGGCGGGAAAGAACCAGCGGAGCUCAGCGCGCAGCAGAAGAGCGCCGCCCUGCCGCGCGUGCCCUCGCUGCUGGAGGUGCUCGGUUUCUCUUACUUCUACGGCGGCUUCCUGGUGGGCCCGCAGUUCACGCUGCGCAGCUACCAGAAGCUGGUGGCGGGGGAACUCAGCGACAGCCCGGGAAAGCCUCCAAACAGUGUCGUACCGGCUGCGAAGAGAUUCUCUCUGGGUUUUCUCUGUCUGGUCAUAUUUGCAAUAUUUAGUCCUCAUUUCCAAGAGAGCUACUACUUGACGGAUGAGUAUGACGCUCACCCAUUCUGGUUUCGCUGCUUAUUCAUUAUGAUUUGGGCCAAAAUCAUAUUGUAUAAAUAUGUCUGCUGCUGGCUCAUAGCGGAGGGCGUCUGCAUCUUGGCCGGGUUGGGCUACAACGGCAUGAGGGAGGGCCAGCACCAGUGGGACGCUUGCGCCAACGUCAAGGUGUGGCUCUUCGAGACCACGCCGCUCUUUGGGGGGACCAUCGCCUCCUUUAACAUCAACACCAACGCCUGGGCCGCCAGGCAUGUGUUCAAGCGGCUGAAGUUCUUGGGCAACAAAACGCUCUCCCAUGUGUCCACUCUGCUCUUCUUGACUUUAUGGCACGGUCUUCACUCGGGGUACCUCAUGUGCUUCUCCAUGGAGUUCUUCAUCAUCACUGUUGAGCGACAGUAUCAGGCCUUGGUGCGGGACAGUCCAAUGCUGAGUCGUUUGUCCAAUGGGCCACUUUUGCCUCUCAUCUACAUCAUCCAGCAGAUCAUUCACUGGCUCUUCAUGGGCUAUGCGCUGGUGCCCUUCUGCAUCUUCUUCUACGACAAAUGGCUCAAGGUGUACUUCUCGGUGUACUUUUGCGGUCACGUCUUCUUCCUUGUAGCGUAUUUAAUCGUGCCCUACCUGAGGAAGGCGCUGGUGCCUAAGAAGGAACGCAGCUCGCAAAAGCAGGAUUAAACGACGGCUCGGUCAAAAUCUCCACUGAAGGGAACUGUGACUUUCAAAAGGAGCGGAAAAGAAAAUAUUUUAAGGCCUUUAAAUGUGUGUAUUAUAUAUAUACACACACACACAUAUUUCCAUGUGAAAAUAAAUCUCUAUAUAUUUUGUGUAAAAAGUAAGGACGUUUUUAUAAACAUUUUUUGAGAAAUGUUUACAGGAAAAACGACCAUUGUGCCACACGGGCUAACUGGGGAACCCGUCAGGGGCAACUUCACGAUUGAAUUCUUAUUUUUAAUCCUCUGGAAUACACUAUUUGCACUCAGCAGUCACGGGUUCGGAGCCUGUCGUUGGCCAAUAACUUUAGUUUAAUUUUUUAUUUAUUAUUAUUAUUAUUAUUUUUUUCUUCAUGAUUCUUAAGUUCGCUGUCUCCAAACUACCGCGGCAGCAGCAAAGCUUCACGUGAGGUGGAAGCGAGGCGUCAGUGCGAUUUUGGAAUGUAACAAUAAAACACUGCUGCUGCUGCUGCGCGCUUGCAAGAACAAACGAUGCCUGUUGAUUUGUGAGAUCAAGAUACCAGCGCUGCGAUUCGCACGCACACGGUAGCUUACAAAAGUCAGGGCUCCCCUCACAUUUUGGCAAUAUUUUAUGAUUUCAAUUCAUGGGACAACAUGAAAGAAAUGGCACUUUGCUACUUGGUAAAGUUAGUCAGUGUACAAGCAGUGUACAUUUGCUGUCCCCACAAAAUAAAUCAUCAACUUUUGUUGUUGUCAAUUUAAUGCGUCUUCAAAAUAAGUAAAGACAGUCAUUGUCUAUAACAACAACAACAACAAAAGUGAGUACACUCCUCAGUGAAAAUACCCAUCGUGUCACCUACUUUUCAUCGUAGUGAAGUGUCAUUUUUUCAGAUUUGCUAAUAUAAAAUGUGAGGGGUGUCCUCAUUUCUGUGAGCUACUAUACAGACACAAACACAACCGACUCAACAUGGCCUUGUGUUCAUGAAUGUUUUUGCUGUUUUACAUUUGCUUGUAAUUUGUGUUUGAAACAAAAAGACUUGAUUUUAUAAUUCAAUGGCAAUAUUUUAUAGUUUGUAAUAAGGUAAUCACUCUUGUCACUUGCUCCAGUCUAUGGAUGUUCUUUCACUGAGUUCAGCGUUGCCACUUCCUUCAGCUGUUUUGUUCGUAAAUGAAAAGGAGCAGUUGUGUUGUUAUUUUAAGUCUCCUCGUUUUUUAAGGGGGUGGGGGUGGCAGUUAUCUCAUUAUGAAGCAGCUGCUGAGGAACAUUGUGUGCGUCACCUGUGCUGCCUCAACUGGGGAUGCAUCUCAUCGUCAUCCUACUCUGCAAACUGCCUCUAGCAUCUGCCUGUCAAUUUUUUAAACAUCCCCAUGACCAUGAUUAAUGGCGAUUUCAAGGGUUUCCUGUUUCUUUUAUGCCUUAUUCCUACCAAAUGUUCAAAAAAAAUCUUUUUUAUA